CCAUCACUUUAAACACCUUCGCUUUGCAAUUACCAAAACGCCCUGCUAAUGUUUUGUAAUUCCUGUCUUGUCUGGAAGCGUGAGCGCCGCUAUUUACACUGCUGCAAAAGCCAGCAAGCAGCAGCAUGUUUGUCUUCGUGUGAUAAAGCUUCAGCCUUGAUGAGUAAAUCAGUUGUACGACAUUAAUGUACUCCUCAUAAGAAACAGAGAGAGAGAGAGAGAGAGCUCUAGAGAGAAACCAGGAAGAGGGGGAGGGAGAGAGGGUGAAAAUGGAGAAAGCUCUAACAAAAGUGAGCAGCUUAAAAGUUGGGAUUGGGAGCUCAUGGAUUUCAAAGAAAGCCAAGGAAGAGUUUUCUAACAUUUCUGAGGACAUCAAUACUUUCUCAAAUACUGUUGAGGAGAAGGCGAAGUGGAUUUUCAACAAACUAAAAGGAAAGCCUGUGAAAGGCUUACCAGAUCUCCUCCGUGAGUACAACUUACCUCCAGGCUUGUUUCCUCAUAACAUAACUUGUUAUGAAUUUGAUGAAACAAAGGCUAAAUUGGUAGUGUACUUAUCCUCCCCUUGUGAGGUGAGCUUCAAGGAUUCUUCGGUUAUAAGGUAUGCAACCAGGGUGAAAGCAAUUCUACUGAGGGGAAAGCUUACCGGUAUAGAGGGAAUGAAGACAAAGGUCCUAGUAUGGGUUAAGGUCACUUGUGUGGCAGUUGAAAGUUCCAAGUCCGAUAAGGUGUGGUUUACUGCCGGUGUGAAGAAAUCAAGGCCGAAGGAUGCCUAUAUAACCCCCCGAGAUUCUGUCAGGGUAGAAGAAUUCUGAGAGUUUUGUGUCAUUGGUCUGGAGAUGACUUAAAAAUCUGUAGUAGCUUUGUUACCAAGUAGGCAAUUUUAGUAUCAUUUUUUGGGAUAUUCUAAAGCAAAAAGCCAGGUGCUUCCUGUUAUGGUUUUACUUGCUACCAUGAAAAAAAAUUCAUUGCUGGACGCAUUGCUGAUUAAAACUUGAUGAAUUCGCUAUGGUAUUUGUUAAA